AUGCGUGUCUUAAUUACUCUUCCAUUUUUUCUACUUAUUAUAUCAUUUAAACUACAACAAACAAAUGGUAAUGAUUGUGUAUGCGAAUGCUGUACAUCAUUAAAUUGUAACCCUACACGAAUUGGCGCUCGCCCUUUAUGGUAUUGUUCAGAAGCGACUACAUGCACACAAAGUCAUUGUAUUGAUUGGUAUAUUAAUCGUUGUCCACCACGAAAUACAGUUGGUCAAACACGAGCAAUAUGUGUAUCUAAUACUGAACGUAUACUACCGGCUUUAUUCAUAAUAGUUGGUAUUAAUUUAAUUCUGUUAUUAAUUAAAGACAAACUUUAA